AUGACUUUGUCGCUGCCUGAGAUCAGGCUCCCCUCGCCGCCGCUCCUCAGCGGCCUACUGAUCGCCGGCCUUCUCCUCUUGUUGGCCAGGGCGUACCACGGGUGGCGACGCCUCUCUCACAUCCCGGGCCCGUUCCUAUGGUCGCUCUCACCGUUCCCGCUGCUCAGAGCCAACCUCAUCGGCCAAUCCCAUCAGAUCCUCAGUGAUUUGACCACCGAAUAUGGCCCUCUCGUCCGCAUCGGGCCCAAUGCCGUGCUGACGACUGACUACCGGCACUGCCAGAAGAUGGAAGCCCACAAGUCGCCCUAUCGCAAGGGCCCUUGGUAUGGCACCUUUCGGUUUCAGAAGGGCGUCGACCACUCGUUCGCCAUGCUGGAUGAGGCCAGGCACACGGCCCUGCGAACCAAGGUCGGGCCUGGCUACUCUGGGACCAUACUCGUGGUACGCCGUGCUUUGCGUGCCAAGGCUGAUACCAACGGUGACCAGGAACAAGCCAUCGACCGGCAGCUGGAGCGCUUCUUCCGCGUCAUCGACGAGCAGUACAUCACGACGCCGUCUGACCACAAGCCCCUGGAUCUGUCCGUCAUCACGCAGUUUCUCGCCCUCGACAUCGUCGGGGACAUGACGUUUGGCAAACCCUUUGGCUUCCUCGACAAGGGCGAAGACAUCUAUGACUGGAUCAAGUGGAACGAAGGCUUCUUCCCCAUCGCCUCCACCGCCGCCACGCUCCCGUUCCUCGCCAGCCUCGUCCAGAAGUGGCCCUUUUCCGAGGCGCUGCCCAAGCCCACCGACAAGGACGGUCUUGGAUGUUUCAUCAAGGCGGCUCAGGACACGCUCGACGAGCGGUUCGAGCCGGGCGCGCAGCCGAGAAACGACAUGAUCGCUCAGUUCCUCAAGCACGGCGCUACCAAAGCGGAAGCAACCAGCGAGGCCCUGGUCCAAGUCCAGGCUAACAGGGCGCGCGCCAACCUCGACAGCGUCGCCGGCACGGAUUCCGUAGCCGUGGCCCUGCGCAUGGCUGUGCUCUACGUCCUCUCGACGCCGCGGGUCUACUUCCGCCUGCUGUCCGAGAUCGAGGGCGCCGCCGCCAAGGGCGAGGUCAGCUCGCCGAUCAGGGAUGCCGAGGCCAAGAAGUUGCCGUACCUGCAGGCCGUGAUCCGCGAGGGCAUGCGCAUCUUUGCCUCGCAGACGCCCCUCCUCAACAAGACGGUUCCGCCUGGCGGGGAUGUCGUUGCUGGUUUUGCGCUGCCGGCCGGCACGCAGGUGGGCAUGGAUGGUUGGGGGAUCCUCCGGAGCAAGGAGCACUGGGGCCCCGACGCGGGUAUCUUCCGGCCCGAGAGAUGGCUCGACAUCGACGACGCCAGGAAGGCCGAGAUGGCCGCCACGCUGGAGGCUCUCUUUGGCUAUGGACGGUACAAGUGUCUUGGCCGGAACGUUGCUUUCAUGCAGAUGAGCAAGGCUCUGCCAGAGCUCUUGCGACGAUACGACUUUACGAUCAAUGACCCGACCCUCCCGGUGAGGAAACUUCACAGCGCUGCUUUCUGGAUGAUGGAAGGUUUCUGGGUCACUGUUGGGCAGAGACAGACGCAGUAA